GCAUGUUUGAAUAAUAGGAAGUUACAUAUGGAUUGGUUUCGUGUUCUAUUUCACCUUAUCUUUUUUCGCCUGUGCAGCUAAUUUAUAAAUUCAAAAUUCAGAAGAAGAAUAAAAAUAAUGACAGAAGUUUGACAAAAGCGACGAACAAUCAAAAAUCAAACAAUUUCAACCUAACGAACCGAUUCCAAAUCGACAUACAAUCGAACCGAAGAUGACGCAGUCCCAUUACUCCCUACGAUGGAACAACCACCAGACGCACAUCCUGGCAGCCUUCGAUGCGUUGUUACAGGCGGAAACCCUGGUGGACGUGACCUUAGUGUGUGCUGAAACAUCAGUACGGGCCCACAAGGUUGUCUUGAGCGCCUGUUCGCCAUUCUUCCAGCGAAUAUUUUCGGAGAAUCCUUGCAAGCAUCCGGUGAUUGUGUUGAAGGAUUUCAACGGCUGGGAGGUGCAGGCGAUCGUGGACUUCAUGUACAAGGGAGAGAUUAGCGUGAUACAAGAACAAUUGCAGAGCCUGAUCAAAGCGGCUGAAAGUCUACAGGUCAGAGGUCUCGCCAACCAGGACCCGUUCGGUGUGGACAAGGAGAGUUCUAUUAUUAAUCAAACUCCUACACCAUCAGCUUCACCGAACGAUUACGACAGGAAUUACUUUCAAAGUGGACGUUUACCAACACCUGGAGUCACGGUUAGAACAUCGGGUGGCGAUCGCACGUCCCCGUUCUCCCCGGUACCAUCCAAUAACAGUUACGAACCACCUGUCAAGCUACCGCACAUGUCGAGGCUCAGUUUUCCUGAAAAUCUGAUCCCCAGGCAAGAGUGCCAAUCGCCGAUCCCGCGCAGGAAGCAGGCCCGACCACGCAGAAGAUCGGGCGAACUGUGCGGUGCCCAAGACUUGUCGGUGUCCCUUCAGAAGGACGCGCAGACGGAGGAGACCGCAGAGAAUUUGUGCAUCAAGAAGCAAACCAAGGAGGAAGUCGAUCACAAGAUCAAGGAAGAGGCCAAGUCCAGAACGCCGGAACCGUCCCAAUCGCCGGACAUGGACUUCACCACACAGAGCAGCAAGGAGUACCAGUCGUCGCCGGUUUCCACGCAGCCCAGCCUGGGCCUUAAGCAGGAGAUCGACAGCCAUUCGCCGUUGCCGUUUCCGCCCAUGCCCUCCGUUUCCGCGCUGACCAUGACGCCUCCGCACAGCAAAUUCUUCGGUCUGGAUUCGCAUUUGGGAUUGUUCCCUCCAGGUUUGGAUAGCUGCAGGAAUCCGUUAUUCGACAUGACUGACCCGAGAACAACUCCCGAUCCACAACUCUACGCCAAAAAGAAAAUGGGAAGACCAAAGGGACAGCACAGCGCACCCAGAGGCGGCCCGCCCCGAUCCUGGACGAACGCCGAGUUGACCGAAGCACUCCAACACGUCUGGAACAAGAAAAUGACCACUAGCCAAGCGUCCAGAAUAUUCGGCAUCCCGUACAACUCGUUGCUGAUGUACGUGCGCGGCAAAUACGGCAAGAGCUUGAAGCUGGAGCAGCUGAGAAAAGACUGCAUCGGAGGUCCGAAUCCGACGUCGAUGGAUCUGUUGGGGAUGAGCGGUGGCAACAAUAACAACAACACCUCAUGCAAAACGGAGAGGGAAGAAAUCCAACAGAACACAAGGCCUUCGAGCACCGAACAAGAGCAACAGCACCAACCAUCCAUGUUCAACCCGUUCGCGCACAACUUCUACCCUGAUUUUGGAACGGGAUUUCCCAUACCAGUCAGUAUGAUACACCUGCUGCCACAAAGCGAGAAGACAAGAGAGCACUUCGGCCAACAGCAGCAAUCGGAGGAAGAUUGUAAGAAGGAUAUGGAUGAGCCGGAGGAUAUGUUCAGACCUCCGACGUUGGUUGAUGACAGGCGAGAACUGGUCCAACAAAACGGUCAGGACUGAAUGCAUGAUGUCCGAACAGUAAAAUUAAAUUAAGCGUUUGUAAAAAGUUUUUUAGGUGAAUUUGUGCGAGUUUGAACGGUGGUUCCGCGCAGGAUGUGGGACAUACCUUAACGAAUCUUUCAUGUCCGAUGUGUCGAACCUUUUAUAAAACGUUUAAUAAUUGUAACUAAUCUGAACAGUACAUAUAUGUUAGUAUGUGGCUAAUACUUAAGUACGUUUUGAAAUCUUUUCGACACAAAUGAACAAUAUGUGUUUUCGUAAGGUGUUUCCCAGUCCGGUGUACAAAAAAAUAGGGGCAAUAUUAGUUCUAGAAAAAAAAAUAGAAAAUGUGUAUAAAAGAUGAAAAUGAAGCUGGUCCCGCCGACCGAGUUCUGUUGAUUUUUGUCAGAUUUUGUUCGAGAGAGUCCCGCUUCUGAACGUGGGGCGUUUGUUGUUUAAAUGUUUAUUAGACUAAGCUAUCGUGCUUCCUCAUUUUUUACGUAUAGGUUUCCGGUACCGUAACAAGGUGUAAUGAUUAACAAAAAAUGAAAAUUACAUUAAUAAUGUUCGUUCAAAUUCUGAAGUGAAAUCGGUGUACAUAGGUUAAUUGCAUUUAUUGAACGGGAUGAAAUUUAAACAUUCUUCACUUGGAAUUUGCGUCUCAUAAGACUGAUAUAUCAUAUUUGCCAAGGUUCCAACUGAUGCUUGAAACACAAUAAGUCCGCCCCGUUGUCGAGAGGAACUCAUCUCUUUCCCCUCCAUUCACAAGACUUAAUAAGUAUAUUUUUAUAGUAACACAACUUAGAUAUAAUAAAAAAAACAUGUGCAUAUCUUUGAACGUGUUGAAAAUAUGUUUUUCUUAAUUUCUUAUAAAUAUUUCAAACCGAUACAAAAUAGGCUGAUAUCGAGGGGGGAAAGCGAUGACGUUGUCUUGUCGCCGGGUCAAAUACUACAGUUUUAUUUUUUACUACUAUCACUAUACAGUUCCUGAUAUACAGAUUUUUUACCAAAUAUUUACUCAAUAUUCUAUAUACAAAGGUUUUUUGUUCGUGACCUACUCCUGUAACCGCGUCGCAACCUUUGGAGGCGUCCGGUUAAUCCGGACGCGUUUUUGAGGUUGUUGCAUGGUUAAUUCAAUUUGCUGCGAUAUUAGUAUUUUUUACAAACAGUUUGUACAGUAUACAGAUUAUAUAUAGCAAACAAUAUGUUCACAGAAUAUAUUUUUGAUCUCUAAGGCAGAUCUCCGAUUUUUCAGUAUUUUUAUAUGUACCCCCAUACAAACUAAUAGUGAACUCAGAUAAUAUAAAUUUUUUAUAAGAUUGGAUUUUACAUGAAUAUAUUUAAUGAUAACUGUUGGAACAGACUGAUUUUCUGUUACUGUUACAUUUAAAAACUUUUAACGAUUGUUUCCCGACACGGCCGGGGGGUAUAAAACAACCCAUUUGCACCCCCCGGUCCUUUCUUUGAUUUCUUACGAAUAUUUGGCAAAAUGAUUACGAGAAAAAGCGGUCUAGAUUAAAGAAAAAUUACCGGAUGAAAAAGCCUUUAGAUAAAAAUUUUAAAAAAUUGUACAAAUUAUGUGUUGAUGUAUACAGUUAAGAUUCUCAAUUAAAUUUAAAAAAAAAAUACAGGUAAAUGUAGGUUCGGUGUAUUAUCAGCAAAUUUUACAGUGUGUAAGAUUUGAAUUCAGAUUGUAUAAAAAAAUAAUAAUAAAUUUAGUCAAACUAGGUAUACGGUCAACAUUGUACAAACAAAUUCUCUUUAAGUAUAUUUUGGCUGCAAGUUAAAAACAAAAAAAAAUACCAAACCGCUUUUGUUAGUUUAACUAUACGAUUUAUAGUCCGAUAUUUUUCCAACUUGUUUUUCGUGUAGACUUAGGAUAAAAUUAGUUGCGUAAGUGGGCAAACAGACGAUUUUAGUACAAUUCCUCGCCCAAGCUUCUCGACCUGGUUUAUUAUUAUCCUGCAGGGUAAACGUAAGUUCAAAAAGACUUGCAGUUUCAAAAUUUAAUCAAUAAACAACAAUACAAAGUCUAAGACACAUCACUAGGAAUAAUUAAUUUAAUUUUUUAUAAAUAAAAAAAAUCACGCUGCUUACUAGUAAACAAGAUAAAAAUUCUGACACAUCCUUCGUAUGUAGGCACCCACAAGUACCCCCCAGGUUUUUGCACGAUUUCCAUUCACAUUUUUUAAUGUGCAUGCAAAUCGGACCGAGUAUUAAUACAAAUAGAAUUUUAAAAAUGUGAUAACAGCUACUCAAUCAAUUGGGUAGUAGACGUUUGUUAGGUAUAGUUUUAUAGAGGGGGGCUGUCGACCACGCCGUCCUGUAAAUUUUUUGAAAAUUACCCUAAUAAUCAUUUUUGGUGUGAUCGACAGCUUCGAUUAGGUAGUGAGAUUUACGUUACCACUUUUGAUCUGUCUGUUUCUAUGUAUUUAUUACACUGUUUUCUGUUGUUCUUCUUGUUUUAAGUUUUAUUUACGUGUAAAUUUUUUUAAUUACAUGGUUGUGCACUCGUUAGUAUUAUUUUUUAUGCUUUUAUUUAAUUCGUGCUUUGAAGUUCCUUUUUUUAUUAUAAUUUUGUUAAACUAGAAUUUAUCUAGUGGCUUUGGCCGCGUUCAUCAACAGAUAUUAUAAAAUGGUGCUGGUAUCUAAUUAUUAAGUUGUAAAUAAUACUCACACACACACAGACAUUCCUACAAAAGUAUUAUUAGUUGUAAUUAUUAUUUUGCGGAUAGUAUUAUGUAGAUUUCAGUUCCUUAUUAUUAAAUUUUAGGUGCACAUUUUAGAUAAUAAACUCACGAUUUUUAUUAUUAUUUUAUUUAUUUACACGAGCACAAUAUAGACAAUAUUUAAAA